GAUUAUUUAUGUUCUGAUUUGUUUGUGUUGUGAUUUUAAAGUAUUUCUUAUUCUGUAAAACACUUUGUGUGUGAAUUGUGUUGUACAAAUAAACUUUUCUUCUCAUCUGACACACAGGGACAUCAGGCCCCUCCCUCUGCUGCAACAAGGACAUUUCUGAAAAGGGCUGAAAAGACACCAGCUGAUGGAGCCUGUGGAAAACCUGGAAGACAGGAUGUGUCCCACACACCAACAACCCCUGAUGCUCUUCUGUUCCACUGAUGAGAAGAUCGUGUGCAUGAUGUGCUCCGUUCUAGAUCACAAGAACCAUGAGUUGUUGUCUCUGGAGGAGGCGUGUGAGCGCAGGAGGUCCUCUCUGCUGCAGACUCAGGCUCAGAGCCAGCACAUGGUGGAGCAGAGGAGGCAGAAGAUCCAGGAGAUCCAGAGCCUCCUGGAGCUGAGUGAGACAGAGGUCCUCAGAGAGAGGGCUGCGGGGCUGCAGGUCUUCACUGCUCUCAUGCAGUCUGUUCAGAGGAGUAUGGACCUCUUCUUAGAGGAGCUCCAGGAGAAGCAGAGCCGGAGCCACAGACGAGCCCAGGAUCUGCUGCAGCGGCUGGAGCAGGAGAUCUGUGAUCUGGAGCAGAGCAGCGCUGAGGCCCAACGUCUCUCACGCUCUCAUGACCCCCUCCACUUUCUACAGCGCUGCCCUGCACUCACGCCCCCUGCUGGGCUUAAGGAGUGGAGCAGCGUGAACUUUGAGCUGGAGACAUGUGAGGGCAGUGUGUCCCGGGCUCUGUCUGAGCUGGAGAACAGUCUCCCUCAGGAGUUUAACAAACACUUUAAAGAACUGCCUUCAAGAUUAGAACUAUUGAGAGUGAAGCAGAGUGCGGUGGAGGUGACUCUGGACCCAGACACGGCUCAUCCUGAGCUCAUUCUGUCUGAAGAUCUCAAACAGGUUCAUCACACUGAUGUGAGGAAGAAUCUCCCAGAUUCUCCUCUGAGGUUUGAUAAAUGUCUUUAUGUUUUAGGAAAACAGAGUUUCUCUUCAGGCAGGUUUUACUUUGAGGUUCAGAUCAAACGUAAAACAAACUGGGAUGUAGGAGUGGCCCAAGAGUCCAUCAACAGGAAGGGAAUAAUCAAUUUAGGUCCCAAAGAUGGAGUGUGGAGCAUCCAGUUAAGACACAAACAUGAGUACAUCGCUCGUAAUGACCCUGAUGUCCGUCUGUCUCCUCAGAGAGCUCCUCAGAAGGUCGGGGUGUUUGUGGACUAUGGAAAGGGUCUGGUCUCCUUUUAUGAUGCAGAUUCUGCAGAUCUCCUCUACUCCUUCACUGACUGCUGCUUCAGGGAGAAGCUGCUUCCAUAUUUCAGUCCCUGUAACCGUAAAGGAGGAUCAAACUCUGCUCCUCUGCUCCUCACUGCAGUGGAGACUUUGAGCGGUGACAAAGUACAAAAGUAAAAGUACUGCACUUAAUAUCUCGAUAUUUCAAAUAUAUGAAGAUAUUUUUUAAACUCGAUAUGGAUUCUGACAUAUCGUAUGUAUCGAAAUAAUGUUUAUAUUCAAUUCUGAUUUCGCUGCUUCGCUCUUUUUCCUUCUCCCUGAUUUUGCUGCUUGUGUCUCUUUGUCGUCGUGAAUGUAGAAAGUUGGUGCCAGUGAAAAACUUGUAGCACCACAAACCUUUUCCACCAUUUACAGACAAAUAGGGCUGAGUGUCAUUAAGACGAUGCCAAUGCGAUACGUAUCUCGAUACAUAGGCCACGAUACGAUACAUAUCUCAAUACGGUGAUCUUAUGAUUUGAUACGAUAUAUUUCAAAUCGAUUCAAUAUAGUUCAAUAAAGAAUAAUGUGUAAAUCACAGCUGCGACAUUAGAAGUCUUUGUUAACCCACAGAGUUCAUAUGAAAUAAACAUUUUACUCCACAAAACAGUGAAAAUGUGAAAUGUGCUGCAUACACAAGUUUCCUUCCACUAAACAAACGACAAAACUGUGGCGCUGUAACAAAAUAAAUUAACAAAAUAUACCAAAAAAUACUCUUAGCGAUAUAUCGAUACAGCAGCCCACAAUAUCAAUACUGUAUCAUCACGUUAAAUGAUACGAUAUAUCGAUAUUUUAAUAUUUUUGCACACCUCUACAGACAAAACCAUCAGCAGCACAUCCCCUGUCACAGAGAGAACACUCAUAUUCACCUGAGUCGGUAACACUUUAUAAUAACUACACCUUACUUAGCCUUAAUAAAGCAUGAACAAAGACUUAAUUAAUAAUGAACAAAGAUUUAAUUAAUAAUGAUUCACGCUUAGUAAAUGCUUGAUAAAGGAUAAUUUGUCUUCACUUUAGAAAAACUCUCAAAAAGACUGAACUAACAGAUGACAGCUGCCUGAAUGAUCAUUGCAUUACAUUAUUAGUAAAUCAUUCACUCAUAGUUUACUAAUGAUUAAUAAAUGAUUAAUAAAUGCUCAAAUGGUUAGUUCAUGAGUAAUUAAGUAUGAAAUAAUAAUGAGUAACUAUUUACAGCACAGGCAAAUUUAAGUCCAAGUGCGAAUUAAGGUAGUAAUUAAGUAGUUACUAAGCGUGAAUCAUUAUUAAGUCUUUGUUCAUUAUUAAUUAAAGGUUGUAUAGAGAUUUCCAAG